ACAAGAGGAGUAUCCACCAAUCGUCAUUCAACAUCCUGCAAAGUACAGAAUGUACAGUAUUUCUGAUUGUGAUAAUAUCUCUAUGGACUCGGAUUCAAAAGCCAGUCAUCAUGCAAUGUUGGUGUAUAAAAAACCAGAUAUGUAAUAUACUGUUGAAACUAAUACCUGUAUUAUAGAGAUAUAUGUUCUGCUGUGUGAGUACAGAAUGAACCCAGUGAACUUGUCCACACUAUGUUCGUGUCUUAUAAAUACGGUCCCUGGACAAAAAGAGGAAGAAAAAAAAAACCUACUGAACAUCGCAGUUCAACAUUGUGGAAGAAAAGUCCUCGUUUCGUGUCUGAAUCCAUUUAAAAUAUAAUAAAUUCAAUUUGAUGUGACCGUGAGAUCUCGCGAGAGGACAGUGUGUGUGUGUGUGUGUGUGUGUGUGUGUGUGUGUGUGUGUGUGUGUGUGUGUGUCUCGUGUCUGAUGCUCGGUCGGACUGGGUGAUCCGGGACAAGCGGACUCGAUGGCCCUCCUCCUGCUCCUCGGGCCCCUCCGGGGCCGGGUCCGGACGGUCCGGUCGUGGAGCCCACAACUUUCCACGGUCCCUCCAGCUCCAGCUGUUCCCUGCAGCGGCGUCCUGGCGGCGAAGACGUCACUCAUCCAAAGAAAAAGUGGUGGAUGUCAUCAACACAGUCUCUCAGUCACUCGGUUACUCAGCUCGAACAAACCACCAAGAGGAUUUGAAAAGUUCUUCCCAAAGAGCGAAGAGACCACUGGCGUCAACAAACCGAUUGAAGCUGAAAAUUCUAAAGGGCAGGAGGCUUCUGGAGGGGACGGGCGGGGACCCAAUGACAGAGGGGAUGAGAGACAAAGAGGAGGAAAAAAUGAAGAAGCACACUGGUGGACGCGAUUUCAGGAUGAUUUUCCCUUGGAUAAAAAAGCGGUGCAGAACCUUGCUGUCGGCGCGGCAGGCAUGGCCACAGCUUUUCUGUACUUCUACUUCAGGGAGACGGGGGUCCAGAUCUCGUGGAAGGACUUUGUGCAUCACUACUUGAGUAGAGACUUGGUGGAUCACCUGGAGGUUGUCAACAAACAAUAUGUCAAAGUAUAUCCUGCCCGUGGAGUCAGAGCAUCAGAAGUGAGCUAUUUGUGGUUCAACAUUGGCAGCGUGGACUCAUUGGAGCACAACCUGGAGAUGGCCCAGCAGGAGGUCGGUCUGAACUCCACUCACAGAGUACCUGUGUUCUACAGCACUGAAAGUGAUGGGACACUUCUUUUUAGUCUUCUCCCAAACAUACUUUUGGUUGGAUUUUUGCUUUUUGCCAUGCGGCAGAGACCGAUGGCAGGUAGACGUGGAGGUAGGCAAGCAAACCCCUUCAGCAUGAGUGAAUCAAAAGCCAAGAUAAUCCAAGACAACAUCGGUGUGCGUUUCAAGGAUGUUGCAGGCUGUGAAGAAGCCAAACUGGAGAUCGUGGAGUUUGUCGACUUCCUGAAGAACCCAUGUCAGUACCAGGCCCUCGGAGCCAAGAUCCCAAAGGGUGCAUUACUGUCAGGGCCACCUGGAAAUGGAAAGACCUUGCUAGCAAAGGCAACUGCAGGCGAAGCCAAUGUCCCCUUCAUCACCAUCAGUGGCUCAGAGUUCCAGGAAAUGUUUGUUGGCGUGGGCCCAGCUCGGAUGAGGGAUAUGUUCGCCAAGGCUCGGAGAAAUGCCCCCUGCAUCCUUUUCAUUGACGAGAUUGAUGCAGUGGGCAGGAAGAGAGGCCGAGGGAACGACCAGAGCGAGCAGGAAAACACCCUUAAUCAGUUGCUUGUGGAAAUGGAUGGCUUCAACAGUAGCACCAACGUGGUCGUUUUGGCUGGCACCAAUCGGGCUGAUAUCCUGGAUCCAGCUCUGAUGAGGCCUGGACGCUUCGAUCGACACAUAUACAUCGGCCCACCAGACAUUACAGGAAGAGCGUCCAUCUUUAAGGUGCAUUUGAAACCUCUGAAGUUGGACUCCAGUAUAGAAGCAGAUGCUCUGGCCAGAAAGCUCGCUGCACUUACCCCAGGUUUUACUGGGGCUGAUGUCGCUAACGUGUGUAAUGAGGCAGCACUGAUAGCUGCACGUCACCUCGACCAGCACGUCAACACUCAGCACUUUGAACAGGCAGUCGACAGAGUUAUCGGAGGUCUGGAGAAAAAGACUCGGGUACUUCAGGUUCCAGAGAAGACGACUGUGGCAUAUCACGAGGCUGGACACGCUGUGGCCGGCUGGUUCCUAGAACAUGCAGACCCCCUGCUCAAAGUGUCCAUUGUUCCCAGAGGAAAGGGUCUGGGUUAUGUCCAGUACCUGCCUAAGGAACAGUACCUGUUCACCCAGGAGCAGCUGUUUGACAGGAUGUGCAUGAUGCUGGGAGGUCGAGUGGCUGAGCAGGUUUUCCUUCGUCGUAUCACCACCAGAGCACACGAUGACCUCAGGAAAGUCACGCAAUCUGCCUAUGCACAGGUAGUAGAGUUCGGAAUGAACGAGGCGGUGGGUCAGGUUUCCUUUGACCUCCCUCGGCAGGGCAACACAGUUACCCAGAAACCCUUCAGCGAGCCUACAGCCCAGCUCAUAGACCGGGAGGUCCGCUCGCUCAUAGACGCUGCCUUCCAGCGAACACUUCAGCUUGUCUCUGACAAGAAGGAAAUGGUGGAGAAGGUGGCAAAAUGUCUUCUAGAAAAGGAGAUGCUAGACAAGGCUGACAUGGUGGAGCUGUUAGGACCUCGUCCCUUUCAAGAGAGGUCAUCAUAUGAGGAGUUUGUUGAAGGGUUGGGGGAAUCUGAGGAGGACACCUCUCUUCCUGAAGGUCUAAAGAACUGGAGCAAGAGCAAAGGCGAUGAAAAGCACCUACGAAAAUCGGGCCUAAAUAAGUCAGGCCUUUACUUGUAGGUGGACGUGCUGCCUCAAGGCAAAUAUUCCACUGGAUUCCUGUGAAUAUUUCUGAAGUAAGGACAGCGCCAUCAGGUCCAGCCUGCAGCCUGUCAGGGCUCUAAACAUGCAAUUUAUUCGACUGCAGUUUUUAUAUUCCAGCCGGAAUUCAGAAAGUGUGUAAUGUUAGGGGAAUUAAAAGUCACUUGGCCAAAGCUUUUGGCACAGUGCACUCUGUUGCCUACGUUUGACGAGUGCCUUCUCCCACACUUUGAUGUCGUCCUUAAGAGCGAUAACUCUGACAAACUUGCCACAGAACAACUUCCUGGGCUUUUGUGAAAGGUAUACAAACUACUUGUGUAUUGGUCAAUAAAUGUAAUAAAGAUGCUUUUAGUUCGCUAUUAUUUCAUCAUAUCGGUGGCUAAGUAUGUAAAUAUGUGUGGAGGAAACUAUGUUUCAUCUUAGAGUUUAAGUUGGGACUCAAACACACUAGUGCAGCGGCAGUUAGACCAGCUUCUCUGAAAGGACAAUGUGAUUUCUAAAAACAAUUAUUUUAAUGAGGAUUUGACAAUGUUGUGUACGGAGUGUCAAAUAAAUGCUGCAGUCUUGUGUUUGUACAAUUGAUUUUUA